ACAUCACACGCUCUGUUUCACCUGUUCUUGUUCUCUGUGUGAGCAAUGUUGUGGCAAACGUUUUUUUACUCUGUUCUCUUACUAUCUCUGCUAUUCAGGUGUGCCGGAGAUGAAUCUUUACCUGAAGUAACUGAUUCUGAAGAAGCUCCAAUGGACAAAAGAGAACGAGAAGCCUUGUACUCUGCGAUUCAAGGAUUUGUUGGUCAUUCUUGGAACGGAUCUGCUCUCUAUCCUGAUCCUUGUGGUUGGACUCCAAUUCAGGGUGUUUCAUGUGACAUCUACAAUGACUUGUGGUACGUCACAGAUAUGAGUUUAGGGCCUGUUUAUGAAAACUCUCUUGCUUGCUCCUCAAGUCUUCAGAUAAGGCCAGCGUUAUUUGAGCUCAAGCACUUAAGAUCUCUCUCCUUCUUCAACUGCUUUAUCUCUCCCAUGGUGAUAGCUAAUAAGGGCUGGUUAAACUUCGCAUCCAACUUAGAAUCACUCGAGUUUAGAUCCAAUCCCGGUCUCAUAGGGAAGCUUCCUGAUACAAUUGGCAAUCUCACACAGCUGAAGUCUUUAGUGGUUCUUGAAAAUAGGUUCAAUGGAGAACUACCGGCGAGUAUCUGCAACUUGAAGAGUCUCAAGCGGCUUGUUUUCUCAGGAAACUCAUUCGGGGGAAUGAUACCAAACUGUUUCAAUGGGUUACAAGACCUCUUGAUCUUGGAUUUGAGCCGCAACUCUUUAUCAGGGACAUUGCCUUCAUCUGUUGGAGAUUUGGUUUCAUUGCUCAAGCUUGACCUAAGCAAUAACCUCUUACAAGGGAAGUUACCUCAAGAAAUUGGUUUUUUGAAGAACCUGACACUUUUGGAUCUGAGGAAGAACAGAAUCUCUGGUGGGCUGUCCGAUAACAUUGAAAACAUUCAAUCUCUUACAGAUUUGGUGCUAUCAGACAAUCCAAUGGGUGAAGAGGAUCUAAUGGGAGUAAAGUGGGAAAAGAUGAACAAUUUGGUGGUUUUGGAUUUAUCCAAAAUGGGUUUGAGAGGUGAGAUUCCCACUGCUCUAACCAACAUGAAAAACUUGAGGUUUCUUGGUCUGAACAACAACAAUCUAACCGGUUAUGUUCCGUCUAAGAAGCUUGAGGCUUUGCCUUGUCUUGGUGCUUUAUACAUCAAUGGAAACAACUUAACAGGUGAGCUUAGAUUCUCUAACAAUUUCUAUGAGAAGAUGGGAAGAAGAUUCAAAGCUUCAAGGAAUCCAAACCUUUGCCAACCAUUGGAGAUGGUGAGCUCACAAUCUCAUAGACAUGUGCUUCCUCUUGGGGUGAAGCCAUGCACUUAGACUAAGGAAGUGGAGAGGAGUUGAAGUGAUCAUCACCAAGCUAUCUAUUUUAUUUUUCAUUUUGGUAUAUAUGUAAGAAUAUUUAAUCUCGUCGAAAAUUUCUAUUAUUGUACUACAUGGCCCAUAAAUGAAUAUGAUGACAAUU